UGCAAGGCACACAGGCAGUCAAAGCAGCUGCAGAGAGACCAGGGUACGCUGACUACAACGGACAGGCUCGUGUUGGCAAAGCCCAAAAACGCAACACUCGUCUUUUCAGUGCUUUAAUGUCCAAAUAUCUUACGUCGUUACAUUUUACUGGUCUCAUUAUUCUUAUAUUACCCCUGCAUGGGAGUAUGUUUUCCAUUCUGUCGACCUGAAAUGACUGCUCGUCGCCGUGUCUAGCCAAUGGUUACUGCGGGGGCUCCCGUCUUGUGGAUUAUCCGUCGUCGCCGAGCCAGUUGCAUGGUCGAGCCCGGAGGAGGCCCCGCUCUGCUGGAUGGAUGUGUGUGAAGCAGCGCCGGACUCCGAGUUCUGAUGAAGACGGUGAUAAUGAUGAUGCUUGGGUUUCAUCGGCAGUGGGUGAACUGAUCUUGGAUGUUCGGGCUUUAUCGCCCCCACACAAACCAUUUCCUCAUACAGAAAAAAAUAUAUUCCUUAAAAACUGGACGCCCCUGGAGCAGUUUAUGACGAUGUGUCCCUGCAGGUUUGCCUUGUGCCUGUACAGAAGAUGCAUAAAGACGACAGCUUCCUGGGCAAACAUCAUAAACCAGCCCACAUAGCAAAGAAGUCAAAGACCCUGGUAGGAGCGUGAUGAGCGCGCGCUUCCGCUUGCCUGCUGGCAGAUCCUACAAUGUCCGGGCGACGGAGCUGGAGCGAGACAGGCAGCACACACAGGUUGUGUGCAACGUACUGCUGCUGGACAACACAGUCCAAGCCUUCAAAGUCAGCAAGUCGGAUCAUGGCCAGGUGUUGCUGGAUGUUGUCUUUAAGCACCUGGAGCUGACUGAGAGGGACUACUUUGGCCUGCACUUGGCUGAUGACUCCUUAGAUUCACCAGUCAGUAUGACAUUUCGCUGGCUCGAUCCCAACAAGCCCAUCAGGAAACAGUUAAAAAGAGGGUCUCCUCAUAAUUUGAGCUUCAGAGUCAAAUUCUUUGUGACAGACCCCAACAAACUUCAGGAAGAAUACACACGGUACCAAUAUUUUCUUCAGAUCAAGCAGGAUAUAUUAACUGGAAGAUUGCCCUGUCCACACAACACAGCAGCUCUGCUAGCGUCCUAUGCUGUUCAAUCUGAGUUGGGGGACUACAGUGAAACGGAGCACUCACCAGGCUAUCUGUCGGAAUACUGCUUCAUCCCAAAUCCCCCUCAGGACUUCCACAAAGAGGUCUCCAAACAUCACCAGCAGCACAGUGGUCUAUCUCCUGCCGAGUCAGAGUUUAAUUAUCUGAACACAGCACGAACGCUGGAGCUCUACGGGGUAGAGCUGCACUAUGCAAGGGACCAGAGUAACACGGAGAUACUUAUUGGGGUUAUGUCAGCCGGGAUUGUGGUUUACAAGAACAGGGUACGGAUCAACUAUUUCCCAUGGUUGAAAAUCGUGAAAAUCUCCUUCAAGUGCAAACAGUUCUUCAUCCAGCUAAGAAGAGAGGCGACUGAGACUCGGGAGACGUUGCUGGGUUUCAAUAUGGUGAACUAUCGGGCCUGUAAAAACCUGUGGAAGGCCUGCGUGGAGCACCACACCUUCUUCAGACUGGAGAGGCCCAUCCCACCACAGAAAAACUUCUUUGCUCACUACUUCACCCUGGGCUCAAAGUUCAGAUACUGUGGACGGACCGAGGUGCAGUCUGUGCAGUAUGGGAAGGAAAAAGGCAUCAAGGACCGAGUGUUUGCCAGAUCUCCUAGUAAGCCAUUGGCCAGGAAGUUGCUGGGUGGAACAGACUGGGAGUCAGUUAGCAGGAACAGCCUAUCAGAUGAGAGACUGGAGACCCAAAGCCUACCCACUCGCUCUCCGCCUGGGACGCCCAAUCAGAACUCGCUGUUUGUUCAAGAGGGCACACGAAUACGCCCGUCGUCAGUCGGGCACCUUGUUGAUCAUGUGAUCCACGCCUCACCCAGCCUGCCUGUCUUCUCCUCCAAUCACAAAUCAGCAUCGUCAACGCAGGCUAACAGCAUCAGCUUGGACUCCACACCGUCUCCAGAGGGGGUCGAUGGCCAGCCCCCAGCCCUGCCCCCCAAGCAGCUGAGCAGGAAGACCUUGAGCCAGAUCAUCCAGGCCCACUCCCAGCAGAGCCUCCUGGAUAACCACCUCAAUGAGAUGUAUGAUGUUCCUGUGAACGCUGAUAAGACCACGCUAAAUGGAGUCGUCCCUCAUGAUAACCUGGUCCUGAUCAAGAUGAGACCCGACGAGCACGGGCGUUUUGGCUUCAAUGUCAAGGGUGGAGCUGACCAGAAGAUGCCAAUCAUUGUAUCUCGAGUGGCACCAGGAACAUCUGCUGACCUGUGCGUGCCUCGCCUUAAUGAGGGCGAUCAGGUGGUCCUCAUUAACGGACGGGACAUCUCAGACCACACCCAUGAUCAGGUGGUCAUGUUCAUCAAGGCCAGCUGUGAGAGCCACUCUGGGGAGCUCAUCCUAUUGGUUAGACCAAACGCCAUCUAUGACGUGGUGGAGGAGAAGGUGGACUCAGAGCCAGAUUUUCAGUACAUCCCUGAGAAGUCCCCUCAGGACCCCACACAGCUAGACCAGCAUGCUUUGAGGGACUCCAUGGUCACAUUGAAGGAAGGCCUGGGGGGUGGAGCCAUACUGGCGCAGUUUGAUCAACUGUACAGGAAGAGGCCGGGGAUGACCAUGCUGUGUGCCAAAUUACCUCAGAACGUUUCCAAAAAUCGCUACAGAGACAUCUCUCCAUAUGAUGCCACCAGGGUCAUUCUGAAAAGCACAGAUGACUACAUCAAUGCAAAUUACAUCAAUAUGGAGAUUCCAGCCUCCAGUCUUAUAAACCGCUACAUAGCGUGCCAAGGCCCGCUGCCCAACACCUGCUCUGACUUCUGGCAAAUGACAUGGGAGCAGGGCUCAUCCAUGGUGGUCAUGCUGACUACGCAGGUCGAGAGAGGGCGGGUGAAGUGUCACCAGUACUGGCCCAAUCCAGACAGCAGCGCCACCUAUGGAGAUUUUACAGUUACGUGCCACAAUGAAGAGGGCAACUCAGCCUUCCUGGUCCGGGAGAUGACUCUCAUGCAUACACAGAGUGAGCAGCAGAGAGAGAUUACACAGAUCCAGUACCUAGCAUGGCCAGACCACGGCGUUCCUGAUGACUCAACUGAUUUUCUGGACUUUGUGGCUUUGGUACGGACCAAACGGGCUGGACAGGAUCAGCCCAUGGUGGUGCACUGCAGUGCGGGCAUUGGUCGGACAGGAGUUCUGAUCACCAUGGAGACAGCUCUGUGUCUAAUGGAGUGCGGUCAGCCAGUGUAUCCUCUAGAUAUCGUCAGGACCAUGAGAGACCAGAGAGCCAUGAUGAUACAAACACCCAGCCAGUAUCGCUUUGUAUGUGAGGCUAUCCUGAAAGUCUACGAGGAGGGCCUGGUUAAACCACUCAAGACCGCCAUCUACCAGCCGAGAGAGAAGGUGGAUGAAGAGAGAGCGGAGGAGAAGAAAGAGCAGCAGAAAGGAGACGGAGAGGAUAAAGCAGCGAUGGAGGAAGGGGAGGCUGCCGUGGUGGAGCUGCUGGAGGGAGGACUGGAUGAAGAGGACGAUGACGACGAAGAGGUGGAGGUGCUAGAUGUGGGAGAGGUGACGGAAGAGGGGGAGGACGAGGAUGAAGAGGAGGAGGAGGAGGAGGAGGAAGUGGAGGAGCCAAGUGUCGCAAGCGCCACCAGCGUGACCAGCGAGACCAGCGUGAACCCCGAACCAGACCCUGACCCUGCUAACCCGUGACGCUUGGCCUGGUUGGGUCAUCCUGGGUCACCGGAGGAGAGAACAAAAGCACUGUUGCACUUUAUGCUGACAAAAAAGGAAAAAAAGACACAAAUGAACAAAAGUGAAAAUCACGGACAAGCUCUAAUUGAAAAUGAAAUCCAGCUGUGUUGAAUAGGUACCAUUAGGGGAUAUUGUAUGUUCAGGGUGAAGAAAAAAGUAUUCAAAGAGCGGAAAGAUAAAAGUACGAGAAAGCAAAGCAUGGAUGGGGAAUUGCUGUAGUGCCAUAAGUAUGAAGGGGAAGGGCUGCCCCCCCCCCGAUGGAAAGGUUUUUCCUGUUUUUAUUUUCCCCAAAGGGUCGCCCUGUCCCCUUCUGAGCGAGUCUGCCAGACGGACCUGCCUUUUUUUUAGUCCUUUUAGCUGAUAAAGAGAUAUACCUUAUCUUUUGUUCCUCAGAAAGAGUAUUUAUUGUGUUUUAGUUUGUGUCAAACCCUGUCCACUGAACAAAAAACUUGUAUGUUUGUUUUGUAUGAAUCUAGAGCUUCAUGCUUUCCUGAUUAAAUCUUAGCUAGUAAAGUAGUGCGAUUCCUCUUCUUCUAACUACUUCUUUAUUUCUUUUGCUUUUUGUGGAAAAAACAAGUGAUUUAAUUUAUUGUACUUGGUUUUUAUCUUUCUCAGCUUUCUUGUCUAAGUUUCUGACAGCACAGACUGACAGAUGGACAUCUGAAAGCACUUUGUGUCUCACCUCUUGUUCAAUGCUGUGGCGAGUUGUUAUUCUUUCUCCUGCGUUGUGCUGUGUUUUUGAGCUUGCAGACACACGCGCUCUGAGGCGGCCGUCGUUUGGCGUGGUGACGAACGUUACUGGUUUACAAAACUCGAGGCCUGUGUUUACUGGGCACCUCUCUUUCACCUCUGGGCUACUCAUAUUUCUGACUUUUAGACAAAACUUUAACAUACAGAAACUAUUUAAUGUUCAAACCAGUUUCCUAACCUGAGCAGCGCAUAAUGUCAACACAAAAACUUAAAGCUGGCUUCAUAAAGAGAGGCCCCAGAAAACAUACGGCCUCACUGAUUUACAAUCUAAGCUAUUUCCAAGCCGUCAAAUAAAGCUAAGAAACAAAGCUGAGGUCAGUUCGGGGCUGUUUUCAAACACAUGCAGAUAAUUUGGCUUUAAAAUAAAACCUACAAUAUACUGCAGCAGGCUGUAGUCCCUGCUGAAAUGUCCCUGAGCCAAACAUGGAGAGCAAACCCGACUUUUUAGUACUUGUAUCCGUGACUUUUCACUGUUUUAGCCUGAAUUGGACAACUGAAGCAAAUUAAUUGUCAGAAAUUGAAAAACAAAUAUUGGUUACCAUGUUUUAAAUGAUCACACCAGUACCAUUGAUGAGUUCUCAAUUUAAUAAAAGCUGCUACAAAUUUUAUGCAACCAGUAUUUGUUUUUCCACACUCAAAUCUGCUUGAUGAGCUGCCAAUGAACUGAUCUCAGCCUUCGUGUGAAUGGUAAUACAUGACUCUAAAGACUCCCUCCACUGACCUCCUCACUUUCUUAUUUUAUUGACGUCAUAAAGGUCAAGACAUUUGGGAAAAACCAAGAUCUCUGCUUGAAUAUUUGUAGUUUUCAUGAACUCAGAAAAAAACAAGUAAUGUCUUCUCUUAGUUUCUUUUUAACAAAGGGUUGAGAGGUCACUGGAGCGGAGGCUUUUAAAACGUUUGCUGUUUCAUUUUUUCUAAAUCUGUCUGAUUAUCUGCCAGAGAACCGUUGAUAGUUCAACAAGGCAGCUCAAACAGAACAUUCAACCAGUACUCUUCCUUUUUUUUAUUGACUUUUCCCAAUGGUACUUCAUUUUACGGCACAUUUUAUCAAGGCAAGGUGAUGUGUUAAUGAGUGAAAAGAGACUAAGUGAUGACUUGUAUUUUAAUUCACAAAUCCCAGCAUCAGUUUACUUGUUGAGUCAUUUUAUUCGUCCAAGUACGGACAGGUUAAGCUACCAUUGUUUUUAAACAUAUCGGUAUGGAUUGAAGUGUAGCCUCUUCAUGAUUUGAGAUCUUUUUCUGAUCGGCUGCUUCAGUACCUGCUGUCAUUAGCUCCUUCCAUGGAUUCUGCUGGAGAAACCUACUGCUGUGAGUGUGUGAGAGUGUGUGUUAAGAUUUCAGUCUUUAAUUUUCUCUUCCUUUAGACCUCUCCCUCUUCCAUUUCUAACACGUAGUUUGUUAGCUGUCUGGUCUAAGCCUGCUUGUCUGUUAACUGGAAUGAAGGGUUGUGUUGUAAAGCCACAAUCUAACGUGAUCUCGAGCUUUUCUUGGUGAGAGUUGAAGUCUGUCCUGAGAAGCAGGCUAGUGAAACAUUUCAAACCGUGUGCAUACCUCCAUAUCAAAAAGCUGAAUCAUACUUUUGCCACACGGAGAGGUGGGAUCAAAAAGAGCCUUUAAAGUGCUUUUCUCUUCCCUCUUCCUUUUUUUUUUUUAGCUCUCCUAUAUUGCGGCCCUCUCCCAAAAUCUUUCUAAAUCCUUCUCUCAGGCAACAUCAGUCAUUUCAGCUAAGCCUACGCAACAUCCACAGCCCAUUCUUCUCAUUGUUCCUCCCCAGAUGCCUCUCUCUUUUGGAUCAUUAUACAUGGAUCCCACUCUCCCUGCAUGGCCUCAAGGCAAAUGACACAUCUGAGCAGAAUACUGUGGGGUACGGUAGCACAGAAUCUGGCUUGUUUUACACCGAAGGACACACAGAGACCAGCCACAGAAAGAUGGAAAACUAGUUUUAAGAUACUACUUAAUUGAAAAACAAAAGGCAAACCCUGCAAACAUGAUCAUCAAAAGAACAAAACAGUCAGCCUGAAGUGUCUUCUUUCAUCACUUUUUGCAUUCAGCUGCAAAGAAACUUUCACAAAGUGAAAAUUAAUUAAUGCAAAAGGCCUCCUGUUUAAGUGGCAUCAGUGAAAAGUUCAAAAACCUUGAAAAUUUCCAGCUCAACUGAAGCAUCUGCCCUCAAGUGAAAAAGUUAAUAAUUGAUUCAUCAGGGCUGCCAGGGUUUCCAUCUGCACAACAUGUCCAGCAGUGAUCUGUCUGUGUUCAAAGUGUUUUGUUGUUGACACAUAAUUGGUACUGUCUGUGCGUUUAGGGUACUGAUCAAAGGUAGUUUGGAGGGAGACCAGACGUGGGGAGGGCUCGGGGUCAGUUGUAUUUUUGUAAAGAUGAAAACAGCUCUUGGCGGGUAGGGAAAGGACAGCACUUUGUUGAAGGUUGAGUGGCAGGUAGUGCUACUGAAAAAAAGAGUUGGAGACAUUUAGCAUUGUUAAAAUUCUUUUCUUUAUUUGUCAUUUUUGUUUUGUUUUACGAAUACGACCUGUAGGGAACAAGAAAAAAGACGAGAACUCCUAACUACACAGUGCCACUUGUUAAUUUUGUGUAAAUAAACUAGACCAUGUAAAUACAAUGUUGUAUAUGAAAAAAAAUCUUUAAAAUAAAAGGGAAAAUCAUUUGUGAGCAGAAAGAUUUUGUUUUUAUUUUAUUUUUGAUUUUUUUUUUCUCUUUUGGAUGAAUCAAAUGUGACACAAAUGGUGUGUAUUUCAAGACUGCUAUUUCAGAAGUUUUGUUUUAUUUGAAACUGGUCUAUAACAGCGAGUGUAUAUAUAAUGAAACACAAAGUAAUGAGAAAUGUUUUACCGUAUUAUACCCUUGGUUAACUUCUACCUGUGUCAUAAAAACCUUUGUCCUCA